GGUUGUUGUGGAAAAAAAACAAACAACCUGAAUUACUGUUUAUUUGCCUGUUCUUCUCCCUGAUCUUAUCUGUGAUCUGAACAAAAAGCAGUGUGAAAGCUUGGAGAUAAUAAGCUUGAAUGUUUGUUUUAACGUUUGCCUAAGGCAUUAGGGUGUGAUCUUUCAUUUCAGAAUCAAGUGAGAAUUUGGAAGUGGAAAAAUCAACCUCUAGGAAAUCUGUCAUAGUAGUAACCACUGCCUCUGGGGAGGACAUAGAAGAUGAGAUUGUCGAAAUGUACUUUGAAAAUAAAAAGAAGUCUGGUGGUGGGACCAUUGAGUCGUACAUCAAAAAGGAUCAGCAAAUCAUCAUCACUUUUCAGAAUGAGGAAGAUGCCCAAGAAGUUCUGCAAAGGAAACAUCACUCAGUGAAGAAAAUUGACCUGUUUGUGAAGCCAUGGCAAGUGGAGGAUUCUCAAGGAUCCCUGUCUUCUACCGUAGUUGUGCUUGAAAAUGUCCAGGAGACGGUAAAAGAUUACAUGCUAAUUAUGCUGGUAGAGAACAUCAGUGGCUUGUCAGAGGAGGAUGAUGACUUCAGUGUGGAGAUGAUACCUGAAAUACGUGCUGCUGUAGUUACUUUCACUGGAGAUACUGAUGCAGGGGAAUUUGCUAAAAAGCUUAAUCAACACCACAGAGCAAAGAAACAAAAUAUUACUGCACGGUGCCUUGAGCUAACAAAAAGCAUUAGAGCUGAAAAUAUACCAACUAACACACCCAGUGACUAUAUAACAGUUUACUUUGAAAAUAAGAGGAACGGAGGUGCGCAAGUGGUGGAUGUUCAGCAGCUGCCUGAUGAAGAUGCAGCUAUCAUUACAUUCAGUGACCAUAAAGAUGUAACCAAUAUCUUGGCAAAGCAGCAUUCACUCAACAAAACGCCAAUCUCUGUCUAUCCUUACUAUAUCUCACUGGGAGCAGCUCUAUAUGGAAAGGAAGCACCACAAAUAAAGAAGCCAGAUCCAAUUAUAGUGCCUCUGGAUCUGUUUAUCUGGUGUUACUUGCAGAAAAAUAAUAGGCUAAUUGAGGCAAUAGGUUCUGAAAUGGCUAAGUAUAAUUGUGACCUAACGUGGCCUAAACCCAACUCUGCAAACCCAGAGGUUACUUUGCAUCCUUCAGCUACUUUGUCUGAGCAGAAGAGAUUAGCAUCUCGAUUGAUCAAGAAAUGGAAUGAAAAUGUUUCCACAGCAUUUUCACGUAGCAUAUCUAAGUACGAAGCAAUUACAUGUGAAGCAAGUGCAGAGGUGUGGGAAGCCAUUAGAAACAGCUUUACCCACAAUGAAGUUCUGAUCAUUCCACCUACUUCCAAGGGUUUAAUUGUUGUAGCAGGUGAAAAAGAAGUUGUGAAGAACGUUGAACAAGAACUGAAGGUUCUGAUAGAAAAAGUCACUGGAGAAAUUGAAAGAGAAAAGCAAAGAACUGAAGAAGUGGUGAUGCUAGGUCCAGGGGAAUAUGCAAUUUUACUGAGUACUGGUAUUGAAGAAAAAAUUCAUAUGGAGUUCCCAGCCCUGCAGAUAACUUAUGAUCAUUUGCAGAGGGUAAUUAACCUAUGUGGAAUGCCUGAGGAAGUUUAUAAAGUGAAAGGGGAAAUACUUGAAAAUAUACGCAAAAUGGCAAAGACAACAGUUAAUAUCCACCCUUAUAUUUUACAGUUUUUAGUGCAUAUUGAUAAUGAAACCCUGUCGCAGAGCCUGUUUAUGUCAAAACAAAUUAAUGCCUUUUAUGAGCUUGACACAGAAGCUAUCAUCUUGAAAGGAAGUGCUGCUGAAGAUCUACAAAAAGCAGAAGAAGAAAUAAAGAACGAACUGGACUACAAAAGCAUUACUUUGGAGGAUGAAUCAGUCCUCCAGAAGAAGGAAUGGAGGAUGCUCACCAAGCAAAACUGUUCUAAUGAAGCCAUAACAGUCACUCAGGUAGCGAAUCAGGUUAUCAUUGCUGGCUUUUCUCAGGCAGUAGCAAAAGCCUUUGAGGAACUUUAUAACUUUAUAGAUGAAAACACACAAAUGGAAAAGGUAAUUGGAGGAAAUCCCACAGCGGUUGUAAUGUUUUUUGAGAAAGAGAAGACCAGUGUUUGGGGUGACUUAGAGAAUAAAGGUGUGAAAGUUGACUUUAGCACACAGGAGAAAUGUAGAGUUAUAAUCUUGAGGGGGCCGAGAAUUGCAGUGCUGAAGGGAGCCGCCUUAGUUGAGCAAAUUCUGUCUGGCCUGCAUUAUAAGCGUGUGGUAAUUAAAGAGCCAGGAGCUGAGUCAUAUUUCAAAGAACGAGAACACUUUUUUGCUGCCACUGCAAAACAAGACUUUAAGUGCCUAGUGAGGCUGGAAGAGCCGUCAGAACAGCAAGAACACAGUAAUAUAGGCAAGCCCUAUAGUCAGGUGACCAUGAAUGGAAUCGUAAUAGCAGUUUAUAAAGCUGACUUGUGUACUCAUCCUGUUGAUGUUGUGGUAAAUGCUUCUAAUGAAGACUUAAAGCACAUUGGUGGCCUUGCUGAGGCACUGUUAAAAGCAGCUGGUCCAGAGCUGCAACAAGAGUGUGAUGAGCUGGUGAGGAAAAACGGGACUUUGCUGCCUGGGUGUGCAGUUAUCACAGGUGCUGGGAAACUCCCCUGCAAGAAUGUCAUUCACGCUGUUGGGCCGAGGUGGAGGAAGGACAAAGCAGAAAGGUGCGUGUUCUUGUUAAGAAAGACAGUGAAGAAAAGUCUGCAGCUCGCUGAAACAUUUAACCACCAUUCCAUAGCUCUGCCCGCUAUAAGUGGAGGGAUUUUUGGCUUCCCAUUGGAACUGUGUACAUACUCAGUUGUAUCCUCCAUCAAGGAGACCUUGGAAGAAUCCAUGGGGGACAGCAGCUUGAAGGAGGUUCAUCUUGUGGAUGUUGCACAGAAUAAUGUUCAGUAUUUCAGCAAGGCACUGAGUGAAGUGUUUUCAGAUUAUUCACCUUCCUGCAAGUCACUGCAUCAGGCCAGUACAGUUCAUCAGCCUAGGAAAAGAAAAAUUACUCAAAACAGCAAGAACUUCCCAGUGGUAACAACUGAGGAAGGCCUUGACAUCAUGCUGAAAAAAGGAAGCAUUGAAAAUGCCACGACAGACGUUGUUGUCAUCAGUGUUCCCAAAGAUCUCCGGCUUGAUAAAGGGCCACUCUCUAAAGCUUUGCUAAGCAAGGCAGGGCCAAUGCUUCAGAUGGGCCUAACAGGAGAAGGCCUGGGAAGAACACCUGAGGAAGGAUCUGUGUUCAAAACAGGAGGUUACAAUCUAGGUUGCAGUGUUGUGCUUCAUGCUGUUGUACCUGCGUGGUCUCAGAGAUGCCCAUCUCCAAAGGUCUUGGGCAACAUCAUCACAAAAUGCCUGGAGAUUGCUGAGGAACUAUCUUUAAAGUCAAUUACUUUCCCAGCGAUUGGGACAGGGAAUUUAGGAUUCCCAAGGUCUGUUGUUGCUAAAUUACUAUUUGACAAGGUAUUUGAAUUCAGUAGUAAAAAUGGAGUAAAUUCUCUUGAGGAAGUUCACUUUCUGUUGCAUCCAAAAGACACAGCUAAUAUUCAGGAAUUUUCAGAUGAACUUAAGAACAGGUGUGGAAAUACUGUAGAUUUUGAAGUGGAACGGACUUCUCCAAAUAUGGCUAGCCAAGACACAGUUUCCUCUAGAACCUCUUCAACCCCAGCAGAGGACGUACAUGAAAUGACAUUUGGCUCUGUUGUGUUCCGGGUGGCAGAAGGUGAUAUUACCAAAGAAGAGGGCGAUGCCAUUGUAAACAUAACAAACCAAACUUUCAGCCUCAAAACAGGUGUCUCUAGAGCAAUUCUGAAUGGUGCUGGAAAAGAAGUUGAAGAUGAAUGUGCUCAACUAGCCUCACAGUCUAACAAGAGCUAUAUCAUCACCCAAGCAGGAAGCCUGCCAUGCAAAAAAAUAAUUCAUUUUGUUUCCCAAGAUGAUAUCAAGCUGCUAGUCUCCGAAGUGCUUCAGGAGUGUGAAUUACAGCAGUACACCUCUGUAACCUUCCCAGCAAUUGGAACAGGUGAGGCAGGCCGUGAUCCAGCUGUAGUAGCUGACAACAUGAUAGAUGCAGUAAUGGACUUUGCAAAAAGUAACUCUGCUCCAUCUGUGAAAACUAUUAAAGUUGUCAUCUUUCAGCCACAUUUGCUGACUGUGUUCCAUACAAGCAUGCAGAAAAGACAAAAUCCUGCUAAAAGAGCAGCCAAAUACCUGUUUUCCAAGAUAACGUCAUUCUGGAGCUCUGAGAAAUGUUCCCCAAAGGAAAAAACCGAAGCAGUUUUGGAAAACAAAAUUGAAGUGGCUGUUGUGCAGAUUUGUGGUGAAAACAAAAAGAAAGUGGAAGAAGCUGAAAGCUGGUUGAGAAGUACAAUUUUAAAGGAACAGUUUAAAACAGAAAUUUCAGAUGAGUCUAUCUCUCAUUUCGGUGAAGUGGAGAGAGAGGAACUGCAUAACCUACAAAAAUUAAAAAUUAGUCUUCGUUUGGUUAAUACCACUAUUCGAAUUUCAGGUGUUGAGAAAGAUGUCUGGAUUGCUUAUUCAGCCAUUCAAGAAAUGAUCCACAGGGUAAAAGCUGCUAAACAGGAAGAGAGCAGGGCAGAACUUUUACAAAAUAUAAUUGAGUGGAAAUAUCUGGAAAAGGAUUCCUAUGUGCCCUUUGAUAGUCUCACAAAUAUGCAGUUGGAAAAUGCUUUCACGGGAAAGCAGAAGAAUAUUUCAGUCGUCAUUGAUAAGAAAAAACACACAGUGGAUAUAGAAGCUAAAUCUGCUGUGGAUAACCAGGGAAAAUGUAUACCCAUUAUACGUGUUAAUAAAUCUGAAGAUCAAGAGUCAACAGUACUCCCUGCAACAUGGGAUGAUAUGCAAGACCAGCGACUCAAAAUAGUGGAACUAAAACCACAAACAAGAGAGUAUAAAGAUGUGCAGGAAAGGUUUCUGAAGACCUGUCAGUCAUUUAAAAUUGAAAAGAUUGAAAGAGUACAGAACCCAUUUUUUUGGAAGGCCUACAAAAUAAAAAAGUGUGAAAUGGAUAACAAAAAUGGUAACACAAAUAACGAGAGGCUUCUGUUUCAUGGGACAAGUAAAGAGUCAUUAACCUUAAUUAACAACCAUGGAUUUAAUCGGAGCUAUGCUGGAAUGCACGCUGCAAACUUUGGAAAUGGAACAUACUUUGCUGUUGACGCCAGCUAUUCUGCCUCUGACACCUACUCUAGACCAGAUGCGAAUGGGAGGAAGUACAUGUAUUUGGCUCGAGUCCUUGUUGGAGAAUAUUCUCAGGGGACAAAAGGAUCAAUUACUCCAGGGGCAAAAAAUGCUAGUAACUCCAUAGAUCUGUUUGAUAGUUCAACCGAUAAUGUGAACCAGCCAUCCAUGUUCAUCAUAUUUAAUGACAUUCAAGCUUACCCAGAAUACCUUAUCACUUUCACUAAAUAAGGGUUUUGAUUGAAGCUAAGGUUGCAUGUAUUUCAGUCUGGGUAUAGGACAGAAACACUUAUAAUGAAAUACACAAUGAAAAUAGUUUUAUCAAAUUGAUUUUUUUAAAGCUCGUUUACAUUUAAGCAACCUUUGGCACUUUUUGAUGGCACUGAAAAUAGACUGCUUGUUUACGCAAGGAGUAGCUGAACGUUUUAACAUGUGAGCUCAAAAUAACCACUGUUAGGUUACAGAUCAAGUCUUUAUAUUGUGUUAGCUUUUCCGUGCGCCCUUAUGGCCACCCUAGUUGUGCUAGGAAGUGGGCAAUGCUGGCACGGGAGUGGAAGGGAUCUUUCAGCCGCUAACCCCUCAGUGUUGCAUUUCUGAUGGCUUCCUACACUCUGUAACUGACAGUCUGCAUCAUUAAUGAUGAUACAGUGGUUUUCAUUAAAUGAACUAAUUGUAGUUAAUGUCUUGUGUUUGUCUAAACCUUUCCAAAUAUUUAGCAUUGGUUUUCAACCAGUGAACUUCAAUGAACUUGCUGGUUUUUAGUGCAAUAACCCUCCCUGGCAGGUUAAUAAGAGGUUCUACAGAAUGUUAUAGAAGUUGCCUGAGUUAAACCA